UGGGUCCUUCCUGUCCCCGCAGCAAAUUUCCUGGAGCAGCUUAAGUUCGAGUGUCAGUUCUCCAACGGGACAGAGCGGGUGCGGUACCUGGAGAGAUACAUCCACAAUGGAGAGGAGGACGUGCGCUUCGACAGCGACGUGGGGGAGUUCCGCGCGGUGAUGGAGCGGGGCCUGCAGGACGCGAAGCUCUGGAACAGCCAGAAGGACCUCCUGGAGGAUAGGCGGGCCUCGGUGGACACGUUCUGCAGACACAACUAUGGGGUGUUUGAGGGAU